GAUCGUGGAACUCCAGUUGUACAAUAUCUUCUCGAAGCAACCGAGUCAAGAGCCUCGGAUGUUGAUCAUUAACUUCUUGCUCUAGUUAACACUAUGGAGUUUGACCAUGUAUCCGUUGUCGUUCCUUGCAGUUGCCAAAAAAAUCGACAAAUCGUUAUCGAAACGAUCGAAGCUGAGCAAAAAAUGUCGUCUUUCUCUCUGCUUGCUGUCGGCGGCGUUGUUGUCCUUCUGUUCGUUCCGAAUACGCACGGACAGUGUACCAAGAUUGACUGGCGUCCCAUCCCGUUUACGCAGCGGCUGAUGCAGCCAGCUGCAGAAAUCGUGGUCCAUGCUAAAGUGUUGAACAAGACCCAGACACCUGGUUAUGAGGAAAUGUGGCCGCAGACAUACACUGGACUUCUUGAGGUGUACUGCGUGCUGAAGGGAGGUCCACUGCAAUACAACAUAACGGUGGUGGAGUUGGGGAUCCUUUACCCAUGUAGUAGCACAGAAGUUGACAUAGAUGAGGAAUACAUCCUCCUCCUGAAAUGGCAAAAAGAAGGCGUCCUUGUUCCUUUCGAAGCGAACUUGCAGACCGCCGCCCUCCCGGCUACACAGGACAACCUGGACAUGGUCGCUCGGACGUGCGGGCUGCCGGACUUCACACUUCCGCUAGGUGUCGCUCGAAACGCACUGGCACUGAGGGGUUGUCCCACUCGUCGGAGGGAUCAGUGCGUGCCUACUGGAGCGGCAUCGCACUUUGUGAUGUCCACAACUUUCUCUCUGAUGUGUGCUCUAUUGACUUACGCAUUUGGCCGCCUGUAGGUUGCUAUGUAGAGUUGUGUGCAAAAUCUUAUCAUAGGAAUUAAUGUACCUUAGAGAUUGUACAUAAUGAUUCACUUGAAAGAUUCACAAUGUACGUAGAUUUAUUUCCCCGUAUUUUACACCGUUCAAUUUAUUAAAAGAAAACUCAAAGCCUCAAAGCUUUAUUGCAGUUACAUCUACACACAAAAGUAAUCCUGAAGAACC